CAGAGCAGCAGCGGCGGCGGCGGCGGCGGCAGAGGAAUUAAAAAAAAAGGCGAACAGGCGGAAACCCGACCGGCUUAUCCAGCCAGAGCCGACGGACAUAAAUCCUCGUACAGCUCGGACACAUCUCGUGAGACGACUGCAUCGAGGAGACGACGAUUUUGACGAUGACUGCCACGUUCUUCUACUGCCUCUUGGCGUACACGGCCAUCACGUGCAACUCGCAAGAAGUCACGGGGUCCUCCUCGGUUCUCCCUGCAGGCGACGACAGCGAGGAGGAGCUGGCCAUGCGCGCCAUUUGCACGAUGGACAGCGAGAUUGGGCCCUGCCGGGCCCUCAUCCCGCGCUUCUUCUACAACCGCUACACGCAGCGCUGCCAGGAGUUCGACUUUGGCGGCUGCAACGGCAACGCCAACAACUUCGAGACGUACAAGGAGUGCCGCGUCGCCUGCAGGACAGUGCAGAAGGUGGCCAAGAAGUGCCGCUUGGAGCCGGAGACUGGCCGCUGCCGGGCCGCCAUCACGCGUCACUUCUACAACAUGACCACGGGCCAGUGCGAGAACUUCGUCUACGGCGGCUGCGGAGGCAACGACAACAACUUCCGCACGACCGAGGAGUGCGUGGAGAGCUGCAGGCGCCCCAAGACCAGAGGGAUCCCCAAAAUCUGCCUGUGGCCGGCCGCACGGGGCAACUGCGAGGACAAUAAGCCGCGCUACUUCUACAACGUGGAGAAGCAAGCGUGCGAGACCUUUCACUACAGCGGCUGCGACGGCAAUGACAACAACUUCGCAAACGAGGAAACGUGCAAGCACGUCUGCUCCAAAGACAUGAGAGCCUCAACUUCGAUGAUCCAACCCAGAGGCAAACCAUUCGGCAGCCGGCUAAGAGCGGGCAUGAGGACCAGGGAGUGGAGGAUAAAGCAAAAACAACUUCGGAAGAACGGCGAACGAGCAGACCGCACGGAGCAUCGAGGGCAGAACUGACAAGAGCACACAAUUGCAGGCGCCGUCUGUAGUCGCGAGGUCGGUUGGGUUUCAUAGCAAGAGGCACCGACCGUGUCAUUGACGUACUUCUUUUUUCUUAUUUAACCCGCUUUCACCACUUUCGGUUGCGCCGUCCGAACUCAACGCAAACGAAUGUGGCUGCGUGUGAAAGGAAGUGACUGCGUCGAGGUGGAGUCACCGAUGUUGAUGGUUCAGGCGGCGGCUCUCCAGUUAACUCAAUUUAAAAGUCACGCGCCCGUUCUUAUUAAACGCAACGCGCUUAUCCCUCGCACCGGCAUCUGCCGUCUCCUGCGAAAUUUUUACUUGCAGUAUGCGCAUACUUAGUUGUUGUUUUCCCCCCCCGCCCUCCCCCCCCCCCCCUCCCCCAUCUCAUUACAAGUUGUGCUGUCGGUUAUCGUGUGUCGAGAGUCAAAACAAAAUCCAUUUCGGAAAUCUCGCGGAGCAGAGAAGCAUCCCCGAGAACGGCUGCUGCGGAAGAGAUUUUUGAAGGCGCCUUUUAAUUAUCUAAGCGCAGCAGGGGGACACACUGUCCUGCACGCUCGGCCACGCAAGUAUCACGCGACCGUCAGACCCCCGUAUGUUUCAUUCUCAGCGCCUGGGAAUUUAGCCAAAUUGAGUGCAAAACCUAAUUUGACACGAUGGGUUAUUUGUGCGGUCAUUCGUAACUGGGUUCAGACUCUCAACUUGCUAGAGCUGAAUAAGUGCCCGGUUAAUCACGGCUGGGUGAAACCCGGAUUUGAACCCAGGGUCUCAGCAUUGCCUGCUUCGUGCUCUGACCUCUGACCAACUGGCAACAUGAAAAAUUGUAAUUAAGUUAAGAGGUGCAGCCCUGCAAAUCCUUGCUCAUGCCACUGCUGGCAUUAGGGCCUCCCCUAGAGAGCGCUCCGGAGGGGACAGAAUUUGGCCUACUCUUCCAUGCUCACCAGAUGGCUUGGAAGAAGCGGGGAGUACCCACACUUGCGCCAUUGUUUCGACCGCCAAAACCGAGAGGUCAAAUCGAACCGGUGACCUCAUGGAUUGCCAGUCCGGUGUGCUAACCGCUACAUCACGGGAGUGUGUUUGGUGUUUUCAUAGCACGCAUAGCUGGUUUAAACACCGCCAGCCAGUGAACUGUAAUUGGUUCGUACAGCGACCUGAGCGAGGGACCCCCCGUGCUCUUUUGCAGCCAGCCACGGAAUGCUCCGCGAUUGAUCUGGCAAAAUCGUUUUUUUAAAAAGGGUCUAACCUCUGUUCCGUCCGCCGUUCAUCAUUGCGCAAAAAAAAAAACGGAACGGAACACAAACAUGACGCAAACGAGCGGAGGCUCGGCUUUGGAGAUGGACAUUUUUUUGUUAAAUCGUUUUUAAUCGGGUGUAAUUGAGUUUUAUUGGCUAAAUAAGCAUUUCCAGACGGACUGAGAAUGUAGGCUCUUGUUGCGUGCGGUUAUGCACUGCGACCUAAUUAAGCCAUCAACAGGCAAUAUAUUUGCAAUCGUUACCACGCGGUGUACGAUAGGUGUUAGAAGUCUUUAAAUCAGCGGUUCUGAACCCAUCUGGGGGUGGGUGGGGGGGGGUAAGGGCGGGCUGUGUGGACAAGGGGUCUCCUUCUACUUGGGGGACCCGCCGGAAACCCAAAAAGAACAGUCGCGCCACGUACCGGGGUGAUUCGUUUCAGAAUGCGUUUCCACCAAAUUUCUGUUGAAUUUUUCCAACUCUGACGAAUCGAACCUCGCAAAAGUGACUUCCGUGCAAGUUGUCCGCAUCGCCACCGACACUGGCCAGGAAAAAGCCAUCCCGGUGUCGGUGCCCCAUUAGGACACCUCCGAAACAAAAGGGGCUUCCACAGCUCGGGUCCAAAGGGAAAGCUUUUCGGAUCCUGAGCAAGUUCUCCCAUCGCACCGUUCGCCCGGCGUCGCGGCCGCUGGGCUCGCGUCCGAGCGAGGGCGCCAUUCCCCGCGGCAGCUCUCUCCAAUAAAACGUUAGACGUUCUGCGUUAAGCGGCGGCGGCGGCGGCGGCAGCGGCGACGCGAGCGUGGGGUCACGGGGGCCGGGGCGACGGCGGCAUCCUGACCCCGUGUUCACGUGCAACGACGGUUCGCGUCGCAUUGCUCCCACGCCGUGAGUCAUCGUCAUCUAAAUAUCCAAUUCCGCAGCUCUGAUUGCCGCUGUGGGAUUACGCUGCUGCGGAGAGAUUUAAUCAUCGCCGCGCUCAAUUUUUGCAGGAAUCGCAUUCCGUCGUGGCCGCUGCUGCCGCCACCACCAUUGCUCCAUCCAUCAAUUGGACGUCAGCUUCUCGCCGCCAUGAUCAAAUGUGGCGAGGUUAAAGGCGCAGCCCUGCAAUGUCUUUGCUCGCUCCACUACUGCUGGCGGAAGGGCCCUCCACUAGAGAGAGAGAGAGCUCUCGAGGGGCCCCGCCAGACUUGCAGUGAUUCUGCGACUCCAGUCUCAUUUGCAAGACUCACCUGGGUGACCAAUUAUGCCAGAGGAUUAAAAUAAAAUACACUCCAGGGGGGCGCUAUAGAGAGCUCCCUCUGGAGGAUAUUUUACCGACUCCUCCCCACUAAGAUGUCCCGAAAGAGGGGAGUACCCACACUUCACCCCACCACACGCAAACCUGCUGAACGCCUCAUAUUUUUCCAUUGCCAUGACUCUGCUCUUUUUUUUCUGGUGGGUGCGUUCCCAUCAGAUCAUCAGCACCGGCUGCGUUAACAGGAAAAACAUUUUUAAUUGACCAGCGCAAACUGCGAGCGGCGCUCCGAUGUGCGUUCUAGGAGUUGUGCCAUACGCGCCGCACAAUGUUCCCAACUUUUCGCCCCACGUGCUGCGAGCUUCCUUCAGGAACUCACCGUGCCGAACAUUACGCGCGGCACAACCCGAAAACACAUUGGAGAGCUGUGCCGCACAACCGCGAAAAGCCUACUCGCGCAUUCGUAAAUGCGGCUGUGGGUUUUUCCAAUAAACACAAACACGCACAGAUCGCCCAACACGCUGUGAUUUAGCAAUGUCCUCGUGCUAUGAAUGUGCCUGUCAGUGGACGUAGCGUGGUUGGUAUGGGCCCUUGUGUAAGGGAGGGAAUGCCCCCCCCCCCACCCCCACUUCCACCCCCGCUGUCCACUGUUAGAUUUGCCCCCCCCCCUCCCCCUAUUCACAGCCCAGCACCCGAGCCACUCUGGCCUGUUGGUGCCAGUGCAGUUGCACCGCCUGCACGCUUCUCACAGCCGCGCCGCUGGUGCCCAUGUUUUGGGGCGGGGGGGGGGGUAAUUCCUCUGUGCGGUGGAAAAAUUUGAAUAAGGAGACUCGUAGACACCGCGGGUGUGUAUGUGUGUUCGUUUGCCGUGUUUGCUGUGAAGUUGCGUGUACACUCACUAAUUGUUUUUCUAAGUACCAAUGACGGUCCUUGUGGGGUAUUUCUCCGCGAAGGGAACCAGACGAUUGUGAAUGUAAAUGUACAGCAGCGUAGAGCAAAUGGGGGCGUUAUUAAAUUGAAUUCGGUUCGGGGUUAAUUUGUUUAACCGGGUGACAACUCAAGAUACCAGGAGAGCCUCAUUAGCAAGUGAUCCGGGUCACCAAUAUUGUGCAAAGGUAAUAAAACAAAAUUCGGUCAGGAGAAAUAAAGCAACAAAAAUCGGGGCAGAACAACCACGUGACAGGCAAAAUAAAAAAAACUGCACAUAUCCUUAUAUAUUACAAUAUUAAAUUAACUGAAACUACCCGUAGCAUAAGCUGGCUUGGUAAAAUGAUUAUUCAUGACCCAAUCCUCGUUCACUAUCAAAAUAAAACUGAUACUGUGUAGUCGCCCUUCGUGUCAAUCCGCUGCAAGAAGCCUUACCCCCCCCACCUUCCUCCACGCCACGUCGAUCAUGGGAGUUGUUUGACCAUUGGGUUGUUGCAGUGGCCGGUCAGUGCGGGUGGGUGAGGGGGAGCAGAGGUGGCCCAGGGCUGGCUUCAUGCGCCACCCCCCGCCACCGACCUUAGGCACGUGGCAGGCGUUGAACCGUCGGAUGUGUGCUGCAGGGUUUUGGAGCGCAGCGCGUGACACCACUGGCGCCAACGCCUCUCGGGUCACAGUCAAGAGUUGAGAUGGACGUCGAUUUGAAGCGCUGGGUGUGUGCGUCGUGCGAAAAGAGUUUUUGGGAUUUGGAGAAAGUAGAAAGAAAAAGACAAAAAGUGCAUUCAUUUUGGGUCUGCGGGAGCCACUCCUCUGAGCGGAGCACCUUCCGAUGACAGCCCGCAAGGCCAACAAAUGGGGAGUUGUGGUGGACACAUGUCUUCGUCAGGUCGUGUUGUGUUGUCGAGCGGUCGCUUCAUCUUGUGAGGACCCUCUUCCUCCCGUGCAUUAUGAGACGCUACGGCAUGCAAGACCCGCACCAAAACGUGUGCCCUGUGUCAAUGUGUGUACUCGUCCGAUCAAUUACACGCUCACACCUCUGCACGCCGAUUACAAGAUGCACGUAACGCGUUUUGCUUCUAAAAUACCGAUUUAAAAAAAUAUAUGUAGUGCGUCUUAUAAUCCAGAUAGGAUAUACGGCAGUGGUGAUCUUAACCGUGGCAGAAUUAGUGUUUUUUUUAAUCGUCACCAAACACUAUGGCUUAACGACACGACGAGUAUUUACUUGCAUCGUAUUUUGUUUGUCGUGUUCGUCUCACUAAAGAAAAGUUGUUACGUGAUUUUGUUGUUUUGUUGUUGUACGCUUGCAAAAAAAAUACAUUUUAUUUUCACACUUCAGUAAUCGAUGCACUACAUUUUUCUUCCUUUGGAGAAACAAAAAAAAAAUCCGAGUUAUUUUCACCAUGGUAAAUAAUAAAGGGCACUUCACCAAAACGGCGUGCAGCAACACGUGGCGUUGGACGUAGGGGUCAGCGGUGUCUGUGUCGUAGUCAACGGCAAUGGUGUUGCCACGCUUCUCGUACGCGUGGGUCUUUUUUUUUCCUCCUGCUCAAUAGCCGCGCUCACGUGCGGUGUGACCCAGGGGCCCCAGAAUGAUGCGGUUCGCAAUCGCAACUUUGGCAGUCGAAUCCUAUUUUGGUGGGUCUGGGGGGGGGGUUGACUCGGCCAAUCAUUCCGCUCUCUAGAGUCGACGAAAUGAGUAACCACGUGGUGGAGACGUCAACAGUCGUCCUGUGGAUGUACUCGCCCCCCCGCCGCCGCCAUAUGAACGCGGAAUUUCCACCGCCGGCUUACGCCUGUAAACAGGAGAGGAGGAGCUGCCCUCCAUGCUCAUCUGAAAAGGAAAAUACUUAGACUUUAGAUUUUUAGUCUCGGUCUGUUUAUAGCUAAUCCCCAGUGUCCAAAACAUGCAAUCAAUACGGCGAGAUUGAAAGCGUGAACGUGAAUUUGUGUAUGCUAAUUUUGUCUCAUUAGCUGCGGCGGUGUUUUUUGUUGGCGCCAGCGCCAGCGUAAGUAAGCACUCUUUUUCUAAAGCAUGGUUGGGGCAAAUAAAUACGUUUUGAUUUGAAA